GAAACAACUGUGACUGUGUUGACAGCAUCAAAGCCUCAGACACUGAAACUCUUUCUACUGGACCUCCAGCCUCUAGUUGGCUUUCUGAAUACUACAGAUCAUCUUCUUGUUGCCUAAGAUAUUUUUACUAGAUUUUUUUCCCUCUUUCUCUGGAAUUUUUUUUUCUUUGAAUGAUAACGUGAGGAUUUAUGAUGGAUGAUUAAAAUGGUGAGAAAGAAGAAACUGCUGGUGUAUGAAAUCUGUGCAAACAUGAUGUGGGAUGGAUAAACAACAACAAAACUCUAGAAUGGCCUCUAAUGACCCCGACCUUCCUGACACCUCCCUUGACCCCCAGCCUGGUGACCUCAUUGAGAUCUUCAGACCAGCCUAUCAGCACUGGGCUCUGUACCUGGGAGAUGGUUACAUCAUUAACCUAACUCCUGUUGAUGAGAGCCAGGCUGCAGCCAUGUCCAGUGUGCAGUCAGUCUUCAGCGGGAAGGCGGUGGUCCGUAUGCAGCUGCUGAAGGAGGUGGUGGGCAGUGACUCGUACCGCGUCAACAACAAGUAUGACCACAAUCACACACCUCUGCCUGUGUGUGAGAUCAUCCAACGGGCGCAGGAUCUGAUUGGCCAGGAGGUGUCUUAUGACCUGCUGGGAAGCAACUGCGAGCAUUUUGUGACCCUUCUGCGCUAUGGGGAGGGGGUUUCAGAGCAGGCUACACGGGCCAUUGGGGCCAUCAGUUUGGUGACGGCAGCAGCCAGUGCCUUCUCUGUCCUGGGACUGAUAAACACCCGGUCCAGAAACAGGCCUUUCUGACAGCUGACACGUUUUUUUUUUUCUCUUUACAUAAUUGGGAGUACUUGUAAAAAAAAAAGACAAUAAAGUGCAAAUAAAAAA